AGUCGUACACCAGCCUCUAUGGGAAAGCAGGAAAACCGCUGUACGUGAAAAAAGCAAAGGAACGAAAGAAUAUGUGAAGUGCCUUCCACCUCCAUGAACUGCUGUGGAAAUUGGAUGGAGAUAUUCUGGAAAUCAUGGAUUUUUUAGCAUAUGUUGUUCUUUAUGCUUUAAGACUUCUGGUUUCAGGUGGAGUGGAAGCCUACCGGGACUUAAUUAUUGUAAAUUCACUUCCUUUAUUUUCAAACCGUGAAACAUCUCUCACUUGUAUAGCCCCUGAAUGGAGUUCUCCCGAAGCAAUAACCAUAGUAAGAGACACAGAUACCAUUUUAAAUCAGUCCCAGGAGCCUUUGGAAUGUAUACAGGAUGAAACAAGGAAAUCAGCCAAAACUGUAGUGUGGAAAAGAGAAAAGGCUACUGAAGCCAUUGGAAGUUAUUUCUGUGAGUGGAAAAAUAGAGAUGCAACAACAAGGACCCGCACUAUGAAAAUGUCAGAGGAAGCUUCUUUUACCCCAAAAUUCCUAACAGUAACUGCAAGUAAAGGUGACAACACCACCCUUGUUUUUCUGAAAAAGAACCCAAUAAAUUCAGAUGUUCUGAUCUACAAAAAUGUGACAUUUUAUGAUACUGUGCCAAAACACGAAGUGCCACAUGUGCUUGAGCUCACCUUAUCGAAUGUCCAGCCAAAGGAUGCAAGUGUAUACCGAGUUACAUACAUGGGAGGGAACAUUUUUAACACUGCUUUCACCAGACUAAUUGUAAGAAGGUGCCCAUCUCAGAACUGGGGGCCGCAAUGCAAGAACAAUUGCUCUGAGUGUCAGAACAGUGGUGUAUGUCACGAGGACACUGGGGAAUGCAUCUGCCCACCAGGAUUUAUGGGGACAACAUGUGAAAUGCCAUGUGAUGAUAAUAAAUUUGGUGUAACGUGCAAAGAAAGCUGCAAGGGAAAUGAAGGAUGCAAAUCACAUAUGUUCUGCCUUAUGGAUCCAUAUGGCUGUUCUUGUGCCUCAGGCUGGAAAGGGCUCGUGUGUGAUGAAGCUUGUCCAGAUGGCUUUUAUGGACCUGACUGCAAGCAGAAAUGUCUUUGUAAUAAAGGAACUUGUAAUAGAUUUAAGGGGUGCAUUUGCCCACAAGGCUGGCGAGGGCUGCAUUGUGAAAAUGAAGGUUCUGCUGAUAUUCCACCAGCAAUUUUGGAAACUGAACAAGCAUUAGAGCUAAAUUUAGGUGCACCAUUCAGUCUCACUUGCAAAGCCACUGGUCAACCAUUGCCAGUAAAGCAGGAUUUCAAGCUGUUCAGACAAGAUGGAACAGUUCUUCAGGCUGUGUCAGUUACUACCAAAAAUCAGGAGGUGAUUGCACUCUUUAAGGGGGAAGAAAUUAAGCAAAUACAUUCAGGUAUUUGGAUAUACAGUGUCAAGACAGUUGCUGGGAUGACUGAGAAGCAUUUCAGUAUUUUUGUUAAAGCUCCACCAAGGACUGAGAAUAUGCCAAAGCUAAAUAGCAGUGGACCCCAUUAUCUUAUUAUUGAGGUCAAUGCUGAUCCCUUCAAAGGAGAUGGUCCAGUUAUAUCAACAACUCUCUUAUACAAGCCUUCCUUGAUUACAACAUCCGGGCGGAACAUAGAGGUUCCUUUUAAUGAAAAACUGAUUAAACUUGAAGAUUUGGAAGCACAAACAGAAUAUAAAGUUUGUGUUCAACUGAGGCGCCCAGGAGAAGGAGGAGCUGGGCAAACAGGCCCUGAAGCUGUCUUCACAACAGAUCCACCAUGUCUUCCCUCUCCAAAGGGGCUAAUGUUGCUCUCUAAAAGUCAGCAUUCCCUGAACUUGACAUGGAUGGCAGAAUUUGAGAACAAUGAGGAAGAUCGUGUAUACGAAGUGGAAUAUAGUAAAGUAAACACUACUGAAUCACCUCAAUACAAAAAAAUGAGAGGAAUUCAAUCUGAAAUUAUUAUUGAUGGCUUGGAGCCAAGAUCAUUAUACCAAUGCAGGGUUCGACAAAACACAAAUUCACAGGGGGAAUGGAGCGGGAUGUUGCUUGCUUGGACAUAUAGUGACAAAAUUCCGCCAGCUCCUGGAAACAUCAAUGUUUUUAAUAUAACAGACUCAUCAGCUGUUAUCACUUGGUCAGUUGCGGAAGGUCAUUCAAUUUCUUCUGUUAUCAUCCGCUAUAAAAUUUUUGGAAACACAGAGUAUAACCAUGACAUAAAGAUAAGAAAUAUUACUAUUGUUUACUAUCAGCUGAAAGGACUUGAAGCCAACACUCCAUACUUGGUUGAGAUGUGUGCAGAAAACAAUAUUGGACAAAGUUUUCCAAACCCUGUACGUGAACUAAAGACACAUGAAGAAGAAAAAGGGGCAAAAGAAGGAAAUAUGCUGUUAAUCGCUAUCUUAGGCUCGGCUGGAAUGACCUGCCUGACUAUUCUAUUGGCAUUCAUCAUCAUGCUACAACUGAAACGAGCCAACUUCCAGAACAGAAUGGCCCAAGCUUUCCAAAAUGGAGUAAGAGAAGAGCCUGUUGUGCAGUUCAAUUCUGGUUCACUCAACCAAAUAAGAAAAGCAACGAACAGCCCAGAUCCUCUGGAAUAUCCUGUUUUGGAAUGGCAUGACAUCAAAUUCCAAGAUGUGAUAGGAGAGGGGAACUUUGGCCAGGUUCUUAAAGCCCGAAUUAAAAAAGAUGGCUUGAGAAUGGAUGCAGCAAUCAAAAGAAUGAAAGACUAUGCAUCUAAAGAUGAUCACAGAGAUUUUGCGGGAGAACUAGAAGUUCUUUGUAAACUUGGAAGUCACCCAAAUAUUAUAAACCUUCUUGGAGCAUGUGAACACAGAGGCUACCUGUAUUUGGCUAUUGAAUAUGCCCCCCAUGGCAAUUUACUCGACUUUCUGCGAAAAAGCAGAGUAUUGGAAACUGACCCAGCAUUUGCUAUAGCCAACAGCACAGCUUCUACCUUGUCUUCACAGCAGCUGUUACGCUUUGCUGCAGAUGUGGCCCGUGGCAUGGACUACCUGAGUCAAAAACAGUUUAUUCAUAGGGAUUUAGCAGCAAGAAACAUUUUAGUUGGUGAAAACUAUGUCGCAAAAAUUGCAGAUUUUGGUUUAUCCAGAGGACAAGAAGUCUAUGUAAAGAAAACAAUGGGGAGGCUUCCUGUUCGAUGGAUGGCAAUCGAGUCUUUGAACUACAGUGUCUAUACAUCAAACAGUGAUGUAUGGUCCUUUGGAGUAUUAUUGUGGGAAAUUGUAAGCCUUGGUGGAACACCAUAUUGUGGGCUGACAUGUGCAGAACUCUAUGAAAAGCUUCCACAAGGCUACAGACUUGAGAAGCCUCUGAACUGUGAUGAUGAAGUGUAUGACCUUAUGCGGCAGUGCUGGCGUGAGAAACCAUAUGAAAGACCAUCAUUUGCCAAAAUUGUGGUGUCCCUUAACCGAAUGCUAGAAGAAAGAAAGACUUAUGUCAACACAACACUUUAUGAAAAGUUCACCUAUGCUGGGAUUGACUGUUCUGCUGAAGAGGCUGCAUAAGAUUAAUACAGCGCCUUCAUCAUGUUAAAAUAUAUUUUUGUUGUGUAUAGUCAAUAUGUAGGAUACUUUUUUUAAAUUAGCAUAUAUUUUUAUCACUGUGUAAAUAUAUUUUUAUCUGUAAGAUGACAUAUAUUUGUAAUGUUAGAAGAAACAUUUUUUUAUAGAUAAAACCCUAUAAUAGUGCAUUAUACAUAUCACAAAGUUCACUUUUAAUAGUAACGCGAGUUUGAUGAACAUUGAAUGAUGUUCUUAUGUUCUUAUGUUUUUGAAAAUGGUGUGCGUGUAAACUGUCCAUUUCACAAAUUAAGCAAUCAUAACAUAUUGGUUUAGCAUUUCCCCCUCUUUUGUGUUUAUUAAUGCUGUUGCUGAAAUAAGCGUUUUACAACAGAGUAGAACAUAUAUUUAUUUAAACAGUUUCUGUCUAAAAAAAAACAGCAACAGUGCAGUGCAAUUGUCUGAGCUUUUUCUCUAUCAAUCAUGUAUAAGCUUUCUAUAUAAUUUUUUUAAGAAAAUGAAAAUUAUGUUCCUAGCUUUAAGCAUGUUGUUUAAAGGGGAUCUAAAGUCCUGAACAAAAAAAAUAAAAUUAUGUUUGCCACAUUCAAAUAAAGUACUAUGUAAAAUAAAUGUAUUACCAGUUCGUUUUCAUGUUCAAGUGUUCUUUUUGACUAUUUUUCCUUUCUCACACUUCCCCUUACCGCUGAUCCUCUUGAAUUCUGCCAAACCUACACCUCCCUGCAAGUCAGCCAAAAGGAAUUGAAUGGGUAUUUGGAAUAAGAUUAUUUGUGGUGGAAGUGCUAGAUGCAUACGGUAACUUGUAAGUAUAGGUUGUUCCUUCCACCUGACUGACAGGUUGAGGGUGUGGGAAAUUAAGCCUCUGUUUGUAUAACAAACUGACUUCUAUGCAAACUUGGAGUCGCUGACCAAGCAUUCAGACAGUGGCCAGCUCACCAUAAGGCAGGGUAAUUCUCCCAGGAAUAAACUGAAAUAAAACUUUGUUUUUGCCUUUGUCACCAACACCGUUAAGCUUGCCAUAAGGCAGGGUAAUUUCUCCCUGGAAUAAACGGAAUUAAGACUGUUAAGAUUUUUAUUUGGUUAAAUUUGAUGGAAGUAUUUUUUUCAGGCUCACAGAACAUGUAACAGUGACAACAGGUACAGGUAUUGUUGA